AUGCCUCCCAGAAAGUUCAUCGAACGUGCUGAACUCCUCGAAGACGCCACCUACAAUGACACCCAACCAAACCUUACGGGGUUUUGCUACUCGUGUAUCAUCGAGGAUAAUGACCCUAAUGUUCUGUAUACCGGAAAUUGGGUGAUGAACUCGACCUCCUUUGGAACCAUUCAUAUCACAACCGAACCCGGGUCCACGAUCCAACUGCAAUUCAACGGAUCAUGGAUUAUGGCCUUUGGGACUAUCCCUGCCUCUUUACCCCUAGAGGCAGCUGGACCUUCGUCCUCAAAACGGCCGACAAAUGCACGUUACACGCUCGACUCUUUCGAACCCGUCAAUUCAUCCGUUCCCAUCACAGAUACUUUCGUUCCUAUACAACCUUUCUUCUCUGCAAACGGACUUGGAUUGGAGGAGCACAACCUGACCAUCGAAGUCCUCGAAGCUGAUGCAGAGACCCCCUAUAUCUUCCAACAUUUCUUCGUCGUCCCACAUCUCCGCGACGGCCUUAUCCCAGGUUUCCCUUCGCCCCCAGACCAGGCUGAAGGAAUUCCUACGCCGUCUCCAACGGGGCCAUCGCUGGACGACCUUCCCCUCGCGGAGCGGGUGGAAAUUCCAUCGAUGAAGCCGAUGAUCAUCAUCCUCAGCGUGUUUGGGUCGGUCGUCACGAUUCUCUUCGUGGUUACCCUCACCCUUUGCUGUAUCCAUCGGAAGCGAAUGGCAGACAGACUGUCUUCCAACGCGAUUUCUAAAUUCUGGUCCUACGCUCCUCGCUCGAAUCAGAACACUGGUGCCAUAGAACCGCCGAAGGACUCGAAGGACUGA